AUGAAACUUGUUCUUCCUUUUCUGGUACUGGUUGCCGCUCGUGUAUGCGGUGUUGAUGGAGCGCAUGCUCAUGCAGAUAUGUAUCUCGCAGGAACGAAUGAUUUUAUUGGAACGAUUAACUUUUAUGAAGGGCAAGAAGCUUGGGGCGUUGUCAUCACUGGUUCUGUUAGUCGUCUAAGACCUCUAGCAACGUUAGGUUUUCAUAUCCAUUCUUUACCCAUCGGAGACAAUCAUAAUUGUACAUCUGGUGGUGCUCAUUUCAAUCCCUACAAUGUAUCUCAUGGGAUGCAGGAAGAUUCAGUUUUGAAACGACAUGUGGGAGAUCUAGCCAAUAUUGAAGUAGAUGCUGAUGGUAUAGGCCAUGUUGUAAUAUGUGAUUGGGUUAUUUCGCUUGGAUUCAAUAAGACAAGAAAUGUUAUUGAUUUACCUCUUAUGGUCCACAAUUUGACAGACGAUGGAGGUCACACUGACCAUAGUGAAAGUGACAUGACUGGAAAUGCUGGGCCUCGUAUAGCAUGUGGAACAAUACGUCUUGAUUAA